AUGGAGUUGACGCCCAAGCUCAAUGGCACCUUGGCUGAUGAUCUCCAAGGCCUUCCCGAGUCUCGGCUUCGCCCCGUCUUUGCCACCCUCUGUGGUCUCAUCUUGCUGGUAGGGCUGCUGGCCAACGGACUGAUGCUGGUGAUCCUGGGCAGAGGCUCGGGCUCGAGGGGCCAAGCCCCCGGCCCACUCCUGGCUCUGACCAACAGCCUCAUGGUGAACAUCACCCUGUCAGACCUGGUCUUCCUGGCGUAUGUGGUGCCCGUUUUGCUGCUGACCUUCCUCCGGGAGGACUGGUGGCUGGGCCCCUUUGUCUGCACCACCAGCCAGAGCUUCAACAUGGGCACCAUGUUCUGCACCUUCUACAGCAUGGUGACCACGGCUCUCCUUCGCCACGCCGCCGUGGCCUUCCCCGCCGUGGCCUUGCCGGCCGGCAGGGGAGCCCGGCUGUCGCUCUGCUUGACCAUGUGGAUCCUGGGUUUCUCUGUGUCUCUGCCCAACUGGCUAUACCAGAGAGUGGUGGAAGAGGGGAAGGAUGAGGGGAAGGCCGCUCUCCUCCGCUCCUGCCUGAUGCUCCUGGCCCCCGCCCAGACCAACUGCUAUUUCACCCUCCUCGGGGCCCUGGCCUUCCUGCCUUUCGCCCUGAUGCUGGUGCUGAGUUUCACUCACCUGGGCUGGCUCUUGUGGAGUGGGGAGUGGCCCCAGGUCCCCCUGGAUGUCCGGCAGCAUCGGGAAGCCACGGGCCUCAUCCUGGUGGUCCUGGUGGUCUUUGUCCUCAUGUGGGGGCCCUGUUCCGUGCUGGGCUACGUGGCUGCGGCGGGACACCUGCCCGACACCCACACAGUCUUUGUGGCUACCAGCCUCUGCACCAUCCUGGCCUAUUCCAACUGUGCCGUCAGCCCGAUUCUCUGCUUCUGCCUCUCAAGACAGUUCCAGGCAGGGAUCAAGGACCUUUUCUGCGGCUCCACCCAGGAAAGGGCAAUCCUGAGACAUGAAGGGGUGCUGCAGAGGGAGACGAAGGGGGGAGGGGGCGAGCCCCAGGGAAUCUAUGGGGGAUUCCUGCCUGACUGA